CCACCGGGACUCGCGCUCCGCACUGGAAAGACGAACGUGUACUUUGUCCGCUGUGGUGUACUUCCAGCACGGCGUUAACUGUGAAAAGACUGCCAGGAUUUCAUGUGGUUCCGUCCUCCCACUGUUGGGAGUUAAUUGUGUAAUUAGCCUGUUGCUCGACCUCCUAAGGAAAAGUUUUUUUUUUUCCUCUUCCAGGAAAGUUCGGAAAAGGUGGUUGUGAGAACGACCAAUCCUCUCUGUCUCAUCGAUGUCGUCUGAAGCCACGCCUAUCCAGGGAUCUCCACCCCUGUGCUCCACGACUCCUCCCUUGGUCUCGGGGUCGCCCCCUGUCUCUCCCUCCUCCCCGACCUCCCCCGUGUCCCCGGGGUCCUUGCGUCUGCCAGGCUGCCGUCACCGGGACCGGUCUCCCUCCCCCAUGAGGGGCUACCUCAUCCCCAGCCCCCUGCCCACCCGGCGAACCAGAACCAGCUCAGCUACUGCGCGAGCAGCUGAGGGCCCGUCAUUUAAAGGUGUGUGUAAGUGUUUCUCUCGCUCUAAAGGACACGGCUUCAUCACACCAUCUGACGGAGGCAGCGACAUCUUCGUCCACAUCUCUGAUAUUGAGGGAGAAUAUGUGCCCAUGGAGGGGGACGAGGUCAGCUACAAAGUGUGUUCCAUCCCUCCGAAGUACCAGAAGGUCCAGGCAGUAGAUGUUACGAUCACCCACCUCAAGCCAGGAUCGAAGCAUGAGACCUGGGGUGGGGCUCUGCUUAGCUCCUCCUGAGUCAUGGAGGUUCCUGGAGGAAAUGUUAAAGAGAAUACCUUUAUUUUUUAUUUUGUGGGUUUGACUAGUGCUCUGUGGGUUUGAUUAGUGCUCGAUGUGGGUUUGAUUAGUGCUCGAUGUGGGUUUGAUUAGUGCUUGAUGUGGGAUUGGAAGGGUUGUUAUUUGAGUGGGAAGACAUCAUUUGACAGGAAUGUUUAUCAAGGAAUGUUUAUCAAAUAAAGUUGUAUUCGACAAUCA